AUGGCAGAGGUAGGACCGUUUACUAGUACUACAGCAUUUUGUGCAAGAUGUGGAUCUAUACUACCAUUACUUAAUGAUUUUGGUCUUGUUAAAUGCUAUGCAUGCAAAUCAAUUUAUGAACCAGAAAAUUUCAACAAGCUUAAAUUCAAUUACACUAUUAACUUCAACACAGUGUCUGUCAUAGCAAAUGAAAAUAUUUUAAAUUUGGACAAUCCUGAAGGCCCAGUUGUUGAGAGGAAAUGCCCUAAAUGUGGUUGUGAUAGAAUGUCCUAUGCUACACUACAGUUGAGAUCGGCUGAUGAAGGGCAGACUGUCUUUUAUACCUGUGUAUCUUGCAAGUACAAGGAAACAGAAAAUUCAUAG